AUGCGUUCCUUCGCCGUCGUCGCCGUUGCUGGCUUUGCCGCCCUCGCCCACGCUGGCUCCAACGACACCUACGUGACUGAGGUCGUCACUCAGCUCACCACCUACUGCCCAGAGGCCACCCAGCUCACCCACAACGGACAGACCUACACCAUCACCGAGGCCACCACGCUGACCAUCACCAACUGCCCUUGCACCGUCACCAAGCCAGUCUACUCCUCGGUCGUCACCGCCUGCUCCACCUGGUAUCUUCUCCCACACACACUCUCACUGCAUUCACAUCCACUAACAUGAGUUUCAGCUCCUCCAGCUCUGCUGUCCCAACUACUGCUCCAGCUGCUCCAGCCUACUCGGCCCCCUCGAGCAGCGCCCCAGUGGCUCCAGUCUCCUCGGCCCCCUCCAGCAGCGCUCCAGUUGCUCCAGCCUACUCAGCCCCAUCCAGCAGCGCUCCAGUGGCUCCAGUCUCCUCGGCCCCCUCCAGCAGCGCUCCAGUUGCUCCAGCCUACUCGGCCCCAGCCAGCAGCGCUUCCGUCGGCGUUCCUUACCCAUCCUCCAACGGCACCACCCCAGUCUCUCCAGUCGGCACUGCCCCAGCUGGCUCUUCCCCUGCCGCCUCUGGCUCACCCUCCAGCACUGCCCCGAUCCCCAGCUACACCGGUGCCGCCAGCAAGGUCUCGCUCGGCGCUGCUGGUGUCCUCGCCGCUCUCGGUUUCGUUGCCGCCCUCUAA